AUCUUCUGUGAACAAACAGAAACUGUUGGAUAUUAUUUAAGGCUUUCUGACAAAUUAAAAGAAAUCAAAGAUAAAGAUAACGAAACUAAACUUCAUGGGAUAAAGGAGUUUCAGCUAUUAAUUCAAGAAAGUGAACUUAAAAGAAAAAGACUUACCGAAAGUUAUAAGCAAAAUUAUUUUAAUUCAUUGCAAAAACUUAAAUCUGAGGAUUUUCAUUCACCUAAAUAA